AUGACUGAUUCCACAUCACCAAUUGGAAUUGCACUUCUCGGGGGAGGGCUUUGGGCUAGAGAAGAGCAUGCUCCUGCUAUCGAGGCUGCUUCACAAUGCAUCUCUCUCAAGGCUGUUUAUUCGCGAUCCGCCGCAUCUGCCCGCUCUAUCAUUGAAAAUUUUGCACACCCCGUCGACCUGUAUUCCGAGGAUAGCGACAAUGGAUUCGAGGACCUACUGAAGCGACCUGACAUUGAAGCUGUACCAGUUGCUGAAAAUGUCGAGGCCGCAAAAGAGCUUAUUCAGUGGUAUAGAACUGAGAUCAAGGGCCCAACUUGGACAAUUGCAGAGAACUGGCGAUUCUUGAAGAGCUACGAGUUCGCGGUGGAGAAGAUCAAAAGCCUGGGCAAGAUCAUUGGUUUCCAAGGACGACAGCAUGGCAUGAUUUCUCAAAAUUGGAAAUUCAAUCUCACUGAAUGGCGUCGCAAUCCCACCCAUCAAGGUGGCUAUCUUCUAGAUGGCGGAGUGCACUACAUGGCAGGCCUCAGAUUACUAUUAGGCGCAGAGCCUGGAAAAGAGAUUGCUUCUCUUUCAGCCCUUACCAACCAGACCCAACCUUAUCUACCCCCAGUUGAUACAGCCGAUGUGAUCAUGAGAACGACUUCUGGCGUGACUGGUGUUUUCCAGAUAUCGAGAGGCACUUCUUUGUUGACGGAUGAAUUGGCCAUCGCCUGUUCGAAUGGCUGGAUCAAACUCGAGAACGAAACUGUCACAAUCUCUCGAGAUGGAAAGGUUGAGGUUGUGACCGUUCCCAACGAGAGAACCGGCGUUCUACCUGAGAUUCGCGUCUGGGGAUCAAGCAUUAUUGAAGGAAAAGCACGACCAGAGCAGGAGCCCGAAGCUGCACUAGCCGAUCUUGAGUUGAUUGAGCUCAUCCUCAAGAGUGGGAGUCGUGGAGGAACCCCUGUUAUCUGCGAACAUCAAAAUGAUGUGUAG